CCACCAUCAUUGACAUGAACCAAAGCAAGAGAAGGGCAUUUGAAAGGUUGAAGAAUAAAGAUCAAAGCUUGAAGCUUUUUGGGUUGGAUCAUCUUCUUCAUCUUCUUCAUCUUCUUCAUCAAUGGAGGCCAUGAAGUUUCAAGCUUUGAUGUUGGCCAUGGUGGUGGGAGCUAUGGCGUUGUCAUCCACCAUUGUUGCAGCUCAAGAAGCUCCAGCUCCAAGCCCUGCUUCGGAUGCUCCUCUUUCUCUUCCCACUUUAAUGGCUUCUCUUGCUCCUCUUGCUCUUGGAUUCUUCCUCUAAAUUCUUCCUCUCCUUUUCAUAUAUGUGUUCUAAACCCAUGUUGGAAGGAAUUUAUGACAUGGGUUUGUGUUCUUUUUAAGGAUUUAUUAGGGCUUGGGUUAUGAAUUCUGAGGAGAUGAUUGAAUUUAUAAUGUAUAUUUUUCCACAUUAAUCUUAUCUUAUUCUUAUUAAUCA